AUGAGCCAGCUGGUGGCCUCCCUCAUGCGUCGCAAAGGAGAGCCUGGAGAAGGCGAGAAGGAAGAGACCUCGGCUGCUCAUUCCGUCUACGAUGCACGCAGCCGCCACGUGGAGCUAGACACCCCUGACACUCUGUUCACCGCUGUGCCGAGCAUCGUGCGCGAAGAUGUCGUUGGCCGGGCAUUUGCGCUCCGGAACAUCCUCACGCCGGCGGAAGCUGCAACCUACGUAGCCUCAGCCCAGAGAAGCGGCUUUGGCCACAGCGACGUGUCACGGGAGUUCCCGGCAUCGCUGCGGAACAACUCGCGCCUGAUCCACUUCAGCGAUGCGCUGGCUCUAGCCUUGUACAGACGGCUAGCACCCUACCUUGCGCAUCGCGACGUGUAUCUCGUGCAGCCGAUGGGCUUUGGGGUCGAGGGUCGAUGGAAGCCCGUCGGCAUCAAUCCUUGCUUUCGCAUUUCGCAGUACAAGGAGGGAGAGCACUUUGCCACUCACUGCGAUGGGAUGUAUGCUAACGACAACGACGAGUGCAGCAUCUACUCCGUCGUCCUCUACUUGAACGAGGACUACGACGGUGGUGAGCUUGAAUUCACCGACUCCGGCAAACGCUUCCGGCCCACAGCCGGCACUGCAGUGCUCCUUCCACACGACCUUCCACAUGCUGGACUUGAGGUCAGCAAGGGCAUCAAGUAUGUGGCCCGGACCGAGCUCAUGUUCCGCUGCGUGGAUCGCCGUCCCCCGCCGGCGAUUCCAAAGUAUGCUGACGACCCCUUGUUCAAGCGCAUGGCGGCCCUCUACGAGCAGAUCGGGGAUCUGGCUGCAAAGGGAGAUGCCACAGUGACCACCCAGGCCUAUCAGGAGGCGCUUGGCCUUCAGAUUGCACACCAGGGCACCGAUGCCAAGCGACGUGCCACGAGACCCCUUCCCUUCGAGGACAAGUCAUUGGAGCACAUCCUUGGCUUUCUGCAUCCUCUGGAGGUCGCCAACAGCUCCUCUGUAUGCUUCAGAUGGCGCAACGUCACACUGGCAGGUGCACUGUGGCAAAGCUUUUGCCAACUUCGAUGGCCAGAUCAUAGUGAAGUGUUGGAAGGAGUCGCCUAUGGCUUGGAGCCAGAGUUGAAGGACUGGAUGGGCAUCUACCGACGGCAACACAUCCUCGAAGGAAGUGCUCCCGUUUGUGUGAUUUUCCUGGCCUCCACUGUUCAAUACUGGGCAGACGGAGCUGCAAAGCAGGAGACCCCCGUGCCGGCCAUUUUCUCGCAUGAUCUCGAUGGCAUUGGAUGGGACUCCUCCUUCAAGCAAAGAGUUGGCUGGAAUUGCGGUGGCAACCACUGGUGCCGGAAGCGAUUCUGGCACGGCAACGCACAGGCGCUCAAUGCGCGGAGCCGUGAACGACCAUUGCGGGGUGGAUAUGCUUUUGAAGGAAGCACUUCACGUAGUGACGAGUACACGAUGCCCGAUGUUGGCAAGGUCGACUUUCAAACAAUGGCAGAGGCAUUCUCUUGGGCAUUCCGAAAGGUGGGAAUCAGGGCGACCGACUACCGGCUGGUUGUCCCGCUAUUGCCGGGCUUGCUGAAGCAGACGGGUCGCGCGCGGCUGGCCCAGAUACUGACGCAGCGGUUUGAGGUUCCUCGGCUCUCCUUCGUCGACGCGCCCCUCUGCGCUCUGCAUGCGCGAGGGCUCAAAACUGGGACUGUGAUCUGGGGUGAGGAGCUGAGCAGGUCAGCCGUGUUCUUCUACAUGGAUGAUGAAGAAGUGCUGGUGUCCCAGGACUUCCAGUUCAACUCGGCCACCGUAGAGGACGUGGUCUCGCUUCUUACGGAGGCAAGAAACUUGGGCCCCGACACCUGGGCCACUGUGCUGGCAGACGUGGUUUUGUCGCCACAGCCGUACUUGCAGGAGGAUUCCAGACGGGGCCCUGGGAUCAACCGCACCCCACCUGCCUGGGCUGAUCCUCAAAAGCUGCAGGCGGCCCUGAAGAAGGCCAACAUCGCUGCUCGUCUUCACGAGCCCUUGGCCGCGGACGUGCUUAGCGGGGCCAGGUCAAUGGCGGGUGAUUUGCCGCUCGUGGCGCCACCUGCCGUCUCCCACACGUGGCAAUGGCGCGUACAUGCUGACGGACAGUGGCUCGUGUUGCCGCGGUAUGUGGCAGGGGUCUUCGAGGGCGCGCUCCGUGCAGGCCGCAGGUAUGCUGCAGUUCAGACGCGAACUCGCCACGGUGCGAGCUGCAUCUACUUAGUAGCAGAUCUGGAUUCGGAUUCCUUCUGCAUGGCCUUGUGCAGGUCGGCCUUCGCGCACUUCAUUGCCGGCUCAGACCUCGGGAAGGAAUCCGUGGCACACCCCAUCGGGGAUUGGUGCAGGUUGACUCGGUUUGUGCUCGGGAAGCCUUCUGAAACCCCGGAUCUGCGCAAGCCGGAAGACAUCGAGCGGGAGUCGAGGAGUCAGGAGGAGGUGAUCGCCGUCGAGGGGCCGGCAGUCCAUGUCAGGAACCUCGCAGGACGGCUCGUCUUCUCGAUGCUGACCGACAAGGUGCUGGCCUGGGGGAUGCUGGAGUUCACGGAGCAGCUGGCCCUGACCCUCGGGGUGGAGGCCACCCGCCUCAAGCUCCUCGAUGGUGCAGAGGCCUGCUCUUGA